UGUAUUGAGUGACAUGCCUCACAUACCUUCCAGGAACUAGCUAUCAUUUAUUAUUGCAUGUGGUAGACCUCUACAAGAAACUGUAAUUUAUAGCUCAUCUAGUGAGUAUUGUUUGUCUCACUGAAUAGACAGUUAAUCAGUAACUAGAUCUAGCUGCUAAAAUGAGACACAGAAUUGCUACUCUGAUCCUGACAAUAAUCGUAAUCACAUUUGUUCACAAGAAAGCAUCCUGCAAUACCCAAAUCACAGAUGUGACCCCAUCAAGUGCUGGCAAUAGAUUUGUGGUCGGUUUCCCCAUAAAUUUUGCUCUUGCAGAACAGUUGUUCUUAUUCAUCACAAAUCCAGAGUCAAGUGCUGUUAGCUUCACAAUCACUCCAAUUGAUUUUAGCGGUAGUGUUUCAGCAUCUUCUGCUACUGUAAACAUCCCAUCCAGUUUUGAAGUUGUAUCUAUUAAUGAAAGGGACAAGGGGAUCCUUGUUGAAGCUAACGGAAACAUCAAUGUGUAUGGGCUGUCUUAUGAUUCAGGUUCUGCAGAUGCCUAUUUAGCAUUACCAUGUACUGUAAUGGCAGUGGAUGAAUACGAAUAUUAUGGAAUCUCCUAUGGAACCUUUUGUAGUAUUAUUUUGGUGGUGGCUUGUGAAAAUGAAACUGUUAUCAAAUUCAAUUCCUCAACAAUAACACUCAAUAGUAUGGAAACCUAUCAGAUGGAAAGUAGUGAUAAUGAUCUCACAGGAACAAGAAUAACAAGCUCCAAACCUUUGUCUGUAUUUAGCGGACAUGAUUGUGCUAAUAUUCCUCAAGGUAACCAAGCUUGUGAUCACCUGGUUGAACAAGUGCCUCCGACUGUGACAUGGGGCUCAAAAUUCUUCGUAGCAUCUCUUGAGGGUAGAUCUUCUGGUGAACGUAUUCGUGUUCUUAGUGCCCGAGCAGCAAGUGUAGCUGUGAAUUGCAACACUAAUGUAUCAGUCAGUCAAUUCCAGUUACAGAGUGGAGGGAGCUACCGAGAAUUUGAAAUACUUAUUAACAGUUUCUGUAGCAUUGAAUCCACUUCACCAGUACUGGUCGCACAGUAUGCAUAUGGUGGUGCGAGUGAUGGCGUGGGAGACCCAUUCAUGAUGAUAAUCCCUCCAAUUGAGCAGUUUACAAAUAACUAUUUAGUCGAGAGUUUCACUAAUUUCAUAUCCAACUAUGUCACGGUGUAUGUUUCUUCUGAGUUUUUUCAAACUGAACAGAUAUUAUUAGACAAUUCCAUUGUUACUGGGUGGCAGAAUGUUGUCUGUUCAAAUGGAGAAGUUUGUGGCCACAUAAGUAGAACAAAUGUGUCUACUGGAGCUCAUUCUAUCCGCCAUCAAAACAGCUCAGCCGUUUUAGGUGUUUCAGUGUACGGAUUCAACUCUCUUAACUCUCAUGGUUACCCUGGAGGCAUGAGGUUGUCUCCCAUACAAUGUAACUGUGGUCAAAAUUCUAUUUGUUUGAAUAACAUGGGACAGUUUAAUUGUAGCUGCUUGAUUGGAUUUGGUGCUAAAUUGACUGGAACUGAUGGAUUCACCUGUAAUGCCAUAACUUGUCCUCUCUCGACUGAUCCUACCAAUGGCUCUGUGACAUACAGUGCCACUGCUGAUGAAAACAACACCUAUGCCUUUGAUGUGGUAGUUACUUACAGCUGUUUCGCUGGAUUUUCUCUUGUCGGCGACAAUACAAGGAACUGCACUGGAGAUGGCAGUAGCACUACUGGUGCUUUUGCUGGUAUAGCUCCAAUCUGUGCAGCUAUAACAUGCCCACCACUUUCCAAUCUAACCAAUGGCUCUCUGUCUUAUUCGAAUGUGCCUGGUCAAAACAACAGCUAUGCUUUCAAUGUAAUGGCUACCUACAGUUGCGAUACUGGAUUUUCACUAGUUGAUAACAACACAAGGACUUGCACUGGAGAUGGAAGUAGCACUAAUGGUUCUUUUGAUGGAGAAUCACCAACUUGUGAAGUCAUUACCUGCCCUCCCCUGAGUGAUCCUUCCAAUGGCUCUGUGGUUUACAACAGUGAUUUAGAAUUUGGAUCGCAAGCGAUCUACAAUUGUAACACUGGGUUUUUUCUAGUUGGUAAUACGACCAGGACUUGUAGUGGAGAUAGCAGUAACACUACUGGUUAUUUUGAUGGAGAAGCACCAACUUGUGAAGUCAUUACCUGCCCUCCCCUGAAUGAUCCAUCCAAUGGCUCUGUGGUUUACAACAUUGAUUUAGAGUUUGGAACACCAGCAAUGUACAGUUGUGACAAUGGAUUUUCUUUGGUUGGUAAUACGACCAGGACUUGUACUGGAGAUGGCAGUAGUAUUACUGGUUCUUUUGAUGGAGAAGCACCAACUUGUGAAGCCAUAACCUGCCUUGCCCUAAGUGACCCUAUGAACGGCCAUGUAGACUAUGAAGGUAUUUCUGCUAAUAACAACCAAUUCCAAAUUCCUUUUGGUACGAUGGUCACCUACACUUGUGUCAUUGGGUUUGCUCUGAUUGGUAAUGACAUAAGAUUUUGCACUGGAGAUGGUAGUAGCACUACUGGUGCAUUUAGUGGAAUUGAUCCAACUUGUGAACCCAUAACCUGUCCUCCUUUGAUGAGCCCAACCAAUGGCACUGUGUCCUACGGCGGAGUUGCUACUGAUGUAAAUGGCAACUUAUCGUUCAAUGUAAUGGCUACCUACAGUUGUGACACUGGGUUUUCUCUGGUUGAUAACAGCUCAAGGAUUUGCACUGGAGAUGGGAUGAGUGUCAACGGUGGUUUUAAUGGAACAGCUCCAACUUGUGACCCUAUAACCUGCCCUGCUGUGGCAGCGUCGAGUAGUGGCAGUAUUGACUUUGGUGGAGCCUCAUCUGAUGGAAACAGCAACUAUGCCUUUGAUGUGGUAGCUAAUUACAAUUGUGAUAAUGGAUUUUCUCUGGUUGGUAAUAGCUCGAGAACGUGUACUGGAGACGGCAGUAGCACUACUGGUGCUUUCGAUGGAGCAGCUCCAACUUGUGAACCUAUAACUUGCCCUGGUGUGCCCAUACCAAACAACGGUACUAUUGACUUUGGUGGCGCCUCACGUGAUGAAAAUGGCACCUAUAUUUUUGCUGUGGUGGCUACCUACAGUUGUGAUACUGGGUUUUCUCUUGUCGGGAAUAACACAAGAACUUGCACCGGAGAUGGCAGUAGCACUACUGGUGUUUUUGAUGGUAUAGCUCCAAUCUGUGCAGCUAUAACAUGCCCACCACUUUCCAAUCUAACCAACGGCUCUCUGUCUUAUUCGAAUGUGCCUGGUCAAAACAACAGCUAUGCUUUCAAUGUCAAGGUUACCUACAGUUGUGAUACUGGAUUUUCACUAGUUGACAACAACACAAGGACUUGCACUGGAGAUGGAAGUAGCACCACUGGUUCUUUUAAUGGAGAAGCACCAACUUGUGAAGUUAUUACCUGCCCUCCUCUGAACGAUCCUUCCAACGGCACUGUGACUUACAAUGUUGACAGUGAUAAUUUAGAGUUUGGAACACAGGCAAUAUACAGUUGUGACAAUGGAUUUUCUCUGGUUGGUAAUACGACUAGGACUUGUACUGGAGAUGGCAGUAGCACUACUGGUGCUUUUGAUGGAGCAGCUCCAACUUGUGAACCCAUAACUUGCCCUGGUGUGCCCAUACCAAACAACGGUACUAUUGACUUUGGUGGCGCCUCACGUGAUGAAAAUGGCACCUAUAUUUUUGCUGUGGUGGCUACCUACAGUUGUGACACUGGGUUUUCUCUUGUCGGGGAUAACACAAGAACUUGCACCGGAGAUGGCAGUAGCACUACUGGUGUUUUUGAUGGUAUAGCUACAAUCUGUGCAGCUAUAACAUGCCCACCACUUUCCAAUCUAACCAACGGCUCUGUUUCUUAUUCGAAUGUGCCUGGUCAAAACAACAGCUAUGCUUUCAAUGUCGAGGCUACCUACAGUUGUGAUACUGGGUUUUCACUAGUUGACAACAACACAAGGACUUGCACUGGAGAUGGAAGUAGCACCACUGGUUCUUUUAAUGGAGAAGCACCAACUUGUGAAGUUAUUACCUGCCCUCCUCUGAACGAUCCUUGCAACGGGACUGUGACUUACAAUGUUGACAGUGAUAAUUUAGAGUUUGGAACGCAGGCAAUAUACAGUUGUGACAAUGGAUUUUCUCUGGUUGGUAAUACGACCAGGACUUGUACUGGAGAUGGCAGUAUCACUACUGGUUCUUUUGAUGAAGAAGCACCAACUUGUGAAACCAUAAUUUGCCCUGCUCUAAGUGACCCAAUAAAUGGUAAAAUAGAGUAUGAUGGUGGAGAUACAUCUACUAACAACAACCAACUCCAAAUUCCUUUCGAUACGAUGGCCACCUACACUUGUGUCAUUGGUUUUGCUCUGAUUGGUAAUGACAUAAGAACAUGUACUGGAGAUGGCAGUAGCACUACUGGUGCAUUUAGUGGAAUUGAUCCAACUUGUGAACCCAUAACCUGUCCUCCUUUGAUUAGCCCAACUAAUGGCACUGUGUCUUAUGGUGGAGUUGCUACUGAUGUAAAUGGCAACUUUACGUUCAAUGUAAUGGCUACCUACAGUUGUGACACUGGGUUUGCUCUGGUUGAUAACAGCUCAAGGAUUUGCACUGGAGAUGGGAUGAGUGUCAAUGGUGGCUUUAAUGGAACAGCUCCAACUUGUGACCCUAUAACCUGCCCUGCUGUGGCAGCGCCGAGUAAUGGCAGUAUUGACUUUGGUGGAGCCUCAUCUGAUGGAAACAGCAACUAUGCCUUUGAUGUGGUAGCUAAUUACAAUUGUGAUAAUGGAUUUUCUCUGGUUGGUAAUAGCUCGAGGACGUGUACUGGACUUGGCAGUAGCACUACUGGUGCUUUUGAUGGAGCAGCUCCAUCUUGUGAACCCAUAACUUGCCCUGGUGUGCUCAUACCGAACAACGGCAAUAUUGACUUUGGUGGCGCCUCACUUGAUGAAAAUGGCACAUAUAUUUUUGCUGUGGUGGCUACCUACAGUUGUGACACUGGGUUUUAUCUGGUUGGUAACGACUCACGGACUUGCACUGGAGAUGGCAGCAGUAUUAUUGGUACUUUUGAUGGGUCGGCUUCAACUUGUCAGCUUAUCACCUGCCCUCCGUUGACUAUUCCUUAUAAUGGUGCUGUGACAUACAAUUCUACUGCUGAUGAAAACGGCAACUAUGAUUUUUAUGUGAUGGCUACCUACAAUUGUGACACUGGCUUUUUUCUGGUUGGUGACAACUCAACAACUUGCACUGGAAACGGCAGUAGCAUUACUGGUACCUUCGAUGGCCUAGUUCCUAUCUGUGAAGCUAUAACAUGCCCACCACUUUCCAAUCUAUCCAACGGCUCUCUGUCUUAUUCGAAUGUGCCUGAUCAAAACAACAGCUAUGCUUUCAAUGUAAUGGCUACCUACAGCUGCAACUCUGGGUUUUCUCUGGUUGGUAACAAGACAAGGAAUUGCUCUGGAGAUGGCAGUAGUACUACUGGUUCAUUUGAUGCCUCUGCUCCAACUUGCAAAGCAAUAACAUGUUCUCCGAUUGCCGACCCAAUUAAUGGGACUGUAAUCUAUUCUUCUGACGUUGAUGGUUUGGGAAAUUAUGCCUUCAAUGUGACGGCUAACCACAGUUGUGACACUGGCUUUGAUCUGGUUGGUAACAAUCCAAGGACUUGCAAUGGAGAUGGAAGUAGCAUUACCGGUGCAUUUGAUGGAGAGGAUCUGAAAUGUGAAGUUUUAGUUGCCUCUUCUGCAUCACUUAUCCUCGGUGUUGUCAUACCUGUUGUGAGUGUGGUGGCUGUACUAGCUCUAGUUGUGCUGGGUGGAGCUGUCUAUGGAUAUAUUCAAGUGAUAAGCCAUCUGUUGAAGUUAAAAAAGCCUGAAACUGGGACUGCUAAACUACUGUAAUCUUUAAUGGUUUUCAGUCUGUGCAAAACUAAUAAUUAUCACUGUCAACAGUACGUCAUUUAUAUUUAAGUAGAUAGAGGUCUUUGGGUAUGAAACACUAACUUAUCGUUUAAUUUGUGAUUCUAUAAUGCUCUAUACCAAUGAGCUCAAUUUUAUGUUGGUUUCGAUCGAGAUAAAAAAAAUUUUUCAUAUACGUCUUGUCCACG